AUGAGGUUAUGGGUGUGGGUGGUGGUAUGGGGGUGGACGGUUGGUGCCGUGUACGGUCUAGAGCUCGGAGCCGGAUGUCGCGCUCCAUUGGGAAUGGAAUCGAGAAAGAUAAGUGAUUUCGCUGUCUCGGCGAGCAGUAGCUACGAUUCGGGGAGCGUGGGACCCCAACAUGCAAGAUUGAGAAAUCACAAGCAAGGUGGAGCUUGGUGUCCACGACAUAUGGUAUCUAGAGACGCCAGAGAAUAUCUAGAAGUUGACCUAGGAAGUCUGCAUGUUGUCACAGGUGUGAAAACACAAGGACGAUAUGGAAAUGGACAAGGUCAAGAAUAUGCUGAACAAUACAUGGUGGAAUAUUGGAGAAGAGGUCUAGGUAAAUGGGUUAGAUGGAAAGACAGAAGUGGUAAAGAGCUACUCUCUGGCAACACUGAUACAUUUACAAUAGUGGAACAAAACCUGGAUCCUCCUAUUAUAACUAGAAAACUAAGAUUGCUACCUUAUAGUGAUCACGUGAGGACUGUCUGUAUGAGAACAGAAUUAAUGGGCUGUAAUUGGACAGACGGCUUGGUGAGCUACGCUGCUCCUCAGGGAGUGAGGAGGGGCUCCGAUCUGGACCUCAGUGACCGGACGUACGACGGGGCCGAGGAGAACGGACAGCUGUCCAAUGGAUUGGGUCAGCUGGUGGACGGACAGAGGGGCAGGGACAACUUUAGGUUGGAUUGGAACGGAUUGGGUAAAGGAUACGAAUGGGUGGGAUGGAGAAAUGAUACUUCUGGAUGGUCUGGAUUACCUCUGGAAAUCUUGUUUGAGUUCGAUAGAGUACGAAACUUUUCAGCUGCUCAUUUGUACACCAAUAACUUGUUCACCAAAGAUGUCCAGGUUUUUUCACAUGCCAGAGCCUUCUUUAGUUUCAAUGGGCAUAAGUUCAGUCCAGAACCGGUCUACUUUUCUUACAUGCCAGAUCUGGUUAUGGAACAUUCCAGAAAUGUCACAAUCAAACUACAUCAAAGAAUCGGAAAGUAUUUGAAGCUCCAACUCUAUUUUGCCAGUCGAUGGAUACUUCUCAGCGAAGUAUCAUUUGAUUCUAUUGUGGUCAGCGGCAACUUCACGCAGGAAGCGGAAGAGGAAAUAAGUGCAGCGUUGCCGGACUUCGUCGGAAAGGAGUACCCUAUACAGAGAGACGAGGUCAAGGUCUUGGUAUCCAAAGGCGCAGUUGCCAGAAAUGUAGUCAAAAUAGAGAAUUCGGAAGACGACACAAAGACACUAUUGAAUACACCCCAAGAAUCGAAGAGUUAUAUUGGUUUCGUUAUCGGGGUACUGACUGUCGUUAUUGUAUUGCUGACAUCAGCCAUUGUGUUCGUUGUCAUCAGAAAUUAUCGCUUGAAGAACGCGUUGAUACCUGACGAAAGCAAGACUUCAGAGCUUGAAAAAAGUAACAAGGAUGACCUGUACAAAGACUACGCCCAACAGCUGUCGCUCGGCGAGGACUACCCAGAUGUUCCAGAUUUGGUAUCGAAGGAAUUUGUAGUUGAGGAGGUACAGAAACCUCCACCUGUGCCACCGCCUCCGCAUCAUUACUAUUCCCAUGACGCUAACAGCACCUCCGCCGCGCUGCCUGUGUCCGCGGCACGCCGUCACCUAACUCUUCCCCUGGGAACCCCCCGAAACGACCUCCCGGACGAGGACCGGACCACGUCGCCGAUGGCCACGAUCGCGCGCGACCGUCUCAAGGCGAUCGAGAAAAUCGGACGCGGCACUUACGGGGACGUGCACUUGUGCCAACUGAUGACCGGCACUGGUGGGGAGGGAACGUGUUCCACGUCGUCGGGGGUGAGGAAUGGUGAUGUGGUUAAGGGGGAGGGAGAGGAGGAGGAGGAGGAUGGGAGGGUGUGUGUGGUGUAUUCGUUGGAGAGGAUGGAGUAUUUUGAGGAGUUUAAGAGGGAAUCAAAAUCUCUGGCAAAAUUAAGAGACGUAAAUUUUGCCGUUCUACUAGGAGCUUCCUUGCACAAUUCACCUUUUUAUAUGGUAAGGGAGUACACCUAUUAUGGAGAUCUAUGCCAGUUCCUUCAAGAUCACGUUGCUCAAUCCACGACGAUAGUCAGUAAUGCGAAAACAUUAAGUUAUGGUUCAUUAAUGUUUAUGGCGUCUCAAGUGGCGUCAGGAAUGAAAUACUUAGAAGGAGUAAAUUUUGUACAUAAAGAUUUGGCAACAAGAAACUGCUUGGUAGGAAAGGACUACGAAAUCAAAAUCUCUGACGUAGGCUCCUACAGGGAGAUUUACUCGCAGGAUUAUUGCAGAGUGGUUGGUCCUGAACCUGUACCCUUAAGAUGGAUGGCUUGGGAGUCAGCCUUAUUGGGUAAAUUUUCAUCCAAAAGUGAUGUGUGGUCGUUUGCAGUACUCCUGUGGGAAAUCCUCACUUUUGCCAGGGAACAACCGUUCGAAUGGCUUAGUGACGACAAAGUUCUGGAAAAUCUAGCCCAGUACUAUGAGAAUAGCGGGAAACAGAUUUACCUGGACCUGCCGCACAACUGCCCCAAAGAAAUCUACGACCUGAUGCUGGAGUGCUGGAACCGCAACGAAACCGAUAGGCCCUCCUUCAAGGAGAUCCACCUGUUCCUGCAACGGAAAAAUCUCGGUUUCAAGCCUGACCUGCGCUGACGGCAUCGGCACGUGCAGGACCGGCUGCUGCGCUUGUACGACAAUAAUUUCGAACAGCUGAGCGACGCGCUGAAGACGAUGAUGUGGUGCGCAGAUGUUGAGACGUAGACUAUGUGGUGUAGUUUUUUGAUAAAUAUAUGCCUAGUGUUCGAGUCUGCGUUGGUUAGACUUUUGGUAUAAGGAUGUAAUGUGGAGAAAUGUUGAGAGUAUUUUGUGUUUGUGAAGGUAAUACUGAACAGGUAAAUGCAAACAAAUGUUUAUUGCUUUCAGGCAAAGAUGU